AUGCCAAUAAAAUUGGCGUCCAAAAAGAAGAGCUCUUCAUCGUCCCCUUUCAGUACGAAGUACAUCAUUCUUCUACUGAUUGGGGCGAUCACUGCUGUCGUCUUUUUCAAUGUUGGUUAUGUCAGCAAAAUUGUUCCUGACGAUUUGAUCAUGGUGAAUCCCAUGAACAAGAAAAGCUUUCAAGACGGGACAAAGUUCUUGAACAGCGCCCCAAGACCAACAGAUCCUCCACGACAGCAUGCACCUGAUGAUCAUCAAGUUGCUGGAUUGAAUUGCGAUAGAUUUGGUGGCCCAAGUCCUGAAAUUGCAAAAGAAAUGGUCUACUGGCGUGACAUUCCUGCCGACGCAAAGUUUGUCAGUCCAUUUGCCGGCCAUGGACCAGAGAGAAAAUAUCUUACUUUUGAACCAGAUGAAGGAGGUUGGAACAAUAUCAGAAUGGGUCUGGAAACAGUUGUUGCAUUGGCACAUGCUAUGGGCAGAACAUUGGUCCUUCCACCUGAACAAGGCAUCUAUUUGAUGCGAAAGGAAGAUUCGAAAAAGAAGAAUCGAUUUACCUUUCGAGACUUUUUUCAUUUCGAGUCGAUUGAGAAAGAACAUCCUGGAGUAAAAAUAAUCUCGAUGGAGGAGUUCUUGGAGCAGGAGGUGAAGACUGGGCAAUUUAAGGAUGAAUAUGGACAACCCAUGUACCCACCUGACACUGUCGAUACGAGCACCUUGGAUGGCCAUCCCCGAAACGGAAGGGAAUUUUGGCAUUGGUUGCGAAAAGCUAGUAAGGCUCCUGUAUGGAACUUUGAUGAAUGCGUUGUCGGAAUACCUGCGCAACCGGGACCCGGUACGGAAAAACGGCUCCAUGACACCUUUGAAGAAGCCGUCAUUCGAAAGUUCCGAAAUCCAGCCAAGUACCGAGACAACCCCACACAAGUCAACAGUAUCCCAGCCUUGCGAUUAGCAGAAAUGCUAGCCUAUCGAACCGGUGUAUGCCAGUACUCGAACAAGUUUCAGAAUGCCAAAGUCAUGCAUUUCAUGGGCGACAAUGCCUCUGGCGCUCGACUUCUUGUCCACUUUUAUGCAUUUCUUUUCUUUGAAGACUGGAAACAAGACCUGAUAGCGAAACGAUUUAUAAGAGAUCAUUUACGUUACAUUGAUGAAAUCCAAUGUGGAGCAGCACGAGUGGUGAAUGCUCUGCGAAAAAUUUCCCGGGACAAUGGAGAUCCAAAUGGGGAGUACAACAGCUUUCAUAUUCGUCGGGGUGACUUUCAGUACAAGGAUACACGAGUGGAAGCUGAGGUCAUUUAUAAGAAUAUGAGAAACGAAUUGGUGGAAAAUUCCACAGUCUUUAUUGCUACAGAUGAGCGAGACAAGUCAUUCUUUGAUCCGCUGAAAGAACAUUAUCAUCUGUACUUUCUGGACGAUUUCAAUGAUGAAUUGUUGGAAGUCAACAAGAACUAUGUCGGUAUGCUGGAUCAACUGGUUGCGUCACGUGGUCGGGUCUUUAGUGGUGCCUUUUACUCCACCUUUACCAACUACAUCAAUCGCGUCCGCGGUUACCAUUCUCAAAAGAACAAAUUACCGGGAUAUGAGAUGGGUGCCAUUGAUAGCUACUACUACAUUCCAAAAGGGACCAAGACAUUUAUGAAACAUUAUCACAGUAUACAGUCACCGAUAUGGGCUCAAGAGUUUCCAAUUGGAUGGCGGGACAUUGACCACGAUGUGGAUGAAGCGUCCAUAAUAUCAUAA